GAGUCAUCGCGAGAAGUGCGGGCUGCGGGGCGGGAUGGCCACGGAGCCGGACGGAGCUGACCCGCGGCUCCUGGAGCCGGCCUUGGAGCCCGAGACAUGGCCCGGGGUCCCGGCCCUCUAGGCCGGCCUCGCCCCGACACGGCCGCCAUGCCCAAGCGAGGGAAGCGACUCAAGUUCCGGGCCCACGACGCCUGCUCUGGUCGAGUGACCGUGGCGGACUAUGCCAACUCGGACCCUGCCGUCGUGAGGUCUGGGCGGGUCAAGAAAGCCGUCGCCAACGCCAUUCAGCAGGAAGUAAAAUCUCUUUGUGGCUUGGAAGCCUCUCAGGUUCCUGCGGUGGAAGCUCUUUCUGGGGCUGGUGAGCCCUGUGACAUCACCGACAGCAGUGAUGAGAUGGACACCCCAGAGGAGAGCGUCCAGGAGAGGACCGUCUCCAGGAAAAAGAAAUCCAAGAGGCACAGAGAAGACCUGGAUGGGGCUGGAGAAGAGUACCCCAUGGAUAUUUGGCUGCUGCUGGCCUCCUAUAUCCGCCCUGAGGACAUUGUGAAUUUCUCCCUGAUCUGUAAGAAUGCCUGGACUGUCACUUGCACUGCUGCCUUUUGGACCAGGUUGUACCGAAGGCACUACACGCUGGACGCCUCCCUGCCUCUGCGCCUGCGCCCCGAGUCCAUGGAGAAGCUGCGCUGCCUCCGGGCGUGCGUGAUCCGGUCUCUGUACCACAUGUACGAGCCCUUCGCUGCCCGAGUCUCCAGAAACCCAGCCAUUCCGGAGAGCACGCCCAGCACCUUGAGGAAUUCCAAAUGCUUACUUUUCUGGUGCAGGAAGAUUGUUGGGAACAGACAGGAGCCAAUGUGGGAAUUCAACUUCAAGUUCAAAAAGCAGCCCCCCAGAUUGAAGAGCAAGUGCGUUGGGGUGCUGCAGCCUCCCGUUCAGUACGAAGACGUUCACACCAACCCCGACCAGGACUGCUGCCUCCUGCAGGUCACCACCCUCAAUUUCAUCUUCAUUCCCAUCGUCAUGGGCAUGAUAUUCACUCUGUUUACGGUCAAUGUGAGCACGGACAUGCGGCAUCACCGAGUGCGACUGGUGUUCCAAGACUCUCCGGUCCACGGCGGCCGGAAGCUGCGCAGUGAGCAGGGCGUGCAGGUCGUGCUGGACCCCGUGCACAGCGUCCGACUCUUUGACUGGUGGCACCCUCAGUACCCGUUCUCCCUGCGGGCGUAGUCGCCCCGCCCCGCCCCGCCCCGCCCCGCGGCAGGCUGGGCUCGGGGCCCCAGGGCCGUCACGAGUCCCGGUGGACGGGGCUCCGGAUGGUUCAUCUGCUUAGUGACGCACGUGCUCCUGUUGGGGACGGGGGCGGGGUGGACCUCGUGUUCUCUGAGCAAGACGGGAGACACAGCCGUGACUUCUGAACACAUUUGAUGUAAGGGUUUCGUGCAAAAGGAGAAACCAGGCCCUAUUUUCUGUGUAAAACCCCAUUCGGUGCUAUUGAGCUGGUUCUUUGUUCUUUUACCCCAAUGGUCGUGCUCUGGGGAGAAGGUAGACUCUUGACUCUCCGGUCGUCGAGGACACCUGGGCGUCCCCGUGGGCCCGGGGAGCCCCAGGGGAACCCCAGGGGCACAGGGCGGUGGCUGCGGUUGCGUCCAGUUUAGCUGCCUCUCAAAUCCAAGCGAAUAUUCCCGCCCUCUCCCCUUCUCCAGAAAUAAAGCAGGUGACAGGGUUUUCAGAAUCUGGUAA